AUGAUAGUGCUGCACUCUUAAUUGGCUGCAGCUUAAAAAGACCCCACCACCUACGUUGGAGUAAACUGCUUGACUAAUAAAACAGAUGCAUAUUGCAAUAUCUAGUUGGUUUCCUCGCCUUCAUGUUGUGCUUAUGUUAACAAAUCUUCAAAGGCAACAGCUGCAACAACUGUCUGGACUAAUGUCACUUCUUAUUAAUGUCUUGAUGUGGAAUUUAUCAAGAAUAGUAGGAAAGUUGUAAUAAAUGACCUACUCUUCUUUUAAUAUGCAUGCGUAGCUACUAGUUUGACAGUUUAAGAAGAUGUAUGCCCAUAAUUAGGAUGUGCUCAGGAAACGAAAGACCCAAGAGACCCAGCUAGGAAUUGUUGUGCCACUAGGGAAGUAACAGUUAUCAAUAAUUCGACUUCGAACUAUACAGGAACUCUUGAUGGUGUUUGCUUGAAUGUGAAGUUUGCUAACAGCAGCUGGAUUAUCAAUAAUUUCUCGACAAGUGUCCCUUCAGUGUCAUAUAAUAGAUAUUGUGCCUCAGAGGUGUCUCAAGCUAUCCAUGAUAUAGUUAGAAUUUUACCAAUUUUGUUGAUGUUUGGAGUCUAGUAUUUAAUGUUAUGA